AUGUGCGCGCUCUCAUCAGCCUUGGAUACCGAUGGCGUGCUUCCUAGCGUCCACUAUCACGAUACUGCCAACAAAGAUCUCAACGAUGAAAUCCAGUCGGACUCUCCUGCCUUCGUCCGAGACCUGUAUUCCCUCCAGUCCAUUCCUGUGCCGGGAGUGGACUAUGAAUUCCGUCCGAUUCCAAUCAAACUCCCCAAUCUUCAAGGACAGGACGACGAACCUGACGAAAAGAGGAGGGACGGCGAAUUGGACGACGAAAAACCUGGCAAGGAAACAAGAAGAUACACCUACAAGGAACCCCAGCAGAACAACGAACGGCCGAUGGAAGAAAGUCGUGGCGAUCUGGCGAGGUCUGAUGACGACGAAGACUACGAUAAUUUUGACCGUCAACGAGCCGAGCCCCAAACUUCAGAACGUGAGCCCCUCCCCAGGAAAGCAAUAUUUGAUUCCAGAGAGCAGCAGUACACUGCCCCACGUGCGGGAGAUCCAAACGGAAACUACCCGUCUUACCCGCCUAGACUCCCACCUCCUUCCAACCUUAAAUCUAGGCUCCAGGCUCAGUUUCCAGCGGCUUCUAACUACAAUCGACCACAGCAGUCGUCUCCGUUCUUUAGCAGAUCACAAGAACGUCCAGAGCCCCACCAAACCUCAUCGACGAGGACAAACGAGCCUAACAGCAAACCAGCCAUGGAGUUCCACUUCGACAUUCCCAACGACAGAUUUCAUUCGGACCUGGCCAACGGAAGAUUCAGUACCUUUCAGGAAGUGCCAAGCUCUCUUGACACCCUGGUAAGCAGCGACGUCAGCUUUCUGAACAAGAUGGUGGCCGAUCCGCCGAUCCCUGACAACCUGACACGGGAGGGUAGCGACAAGUCGUACAACUCUGGCGGCGGUCGGGAUACCUUCAACCAGCCCCAGGCUCAAACCUUCAGCCCAUCGGGCCAGCCUUCGAGAUACUCUCCCGAACCUUACCAGGACUACCGUGGCCGUGACCGACCGCAGUCUUACGAUGGACGUCCGGGGUCGUAUGAAGAUUCCCGCUUCCAGAGUCCGAGCAGCCACAAUGCAAGACAAGACUACCCUUACAGAGCUGCGGCAUCGGUUGUGAACUCGAAGUUAUCCAAGAAAGGGGAAAAAGCAAGUAGAACGAAACGCGCUUCUAAGACUAGCCAGCUGCUCGACAGAGAAGCCAAGGUAUUGAAAAUCUUCAGAGCUUUGGCUGUGGGGGGAAACCCAGAGUCGACGAUACUGGUAGAUUCUAGGAUAAGUCUGGACAAGAAUAAGAACCCGUACAAGAUUAUUGUGAAGGCGACCCCCAUCUACGACUCCAAGAGCGACCCUGGAGUGACAUCGUGUUCGGAAAACAGUACUGUACUCCAGUUCUGCACAGCUGAUCCAUCUUAUCCAAAGGACGACAUUGCCCAUGCUCUGAAGGAGGACACUGAGUUUGUAAAGGGCUUGCUAGCCCUUACGACGAUCGAGAGAACUUACCCUAAGGUUGGAAAAAUUAAUGGCAUCUGUCCAAGCUUCACGAAAGCGCUGAAGCCUUUGAAAGCCCGAGACGUUCUCGGCGAGUGGAGGGUGAUCAUUAACACAGCCGGCCUCGAACAAGAGAUCAUCGUGGACAUCUGCAGUUCCCAGGGCAGCCAGUGCAGCGGCAAGCCCCCGAGAACGUGCACGCAGUCGUACGGAGUCCGGAAGCUCGGCGUGUACGACACCGGCACGCGGAGACUCUCCAGCGGAGACUUCCGCGUUCCCACCGGCUGCACCUGCGGCAACACCCUGUUCUGA